CAUUGGUCUGGUUAAUAGUCGACUGAUCGUUGCUACGAUGAAGUUCGUCUGGAUUUUGAUGUCCUUGCAGCUUAUGCUGCUAGCAACUGCUCUCAGUGCCAGACAAUGUGCCAAACCAACAGUUGCCCCUCGACCCACGGAGGAUCCCGAUGACCCCACCGACGAUCCAUGGGAUCCGACUGAGGAAUCAUCUGAGGAUCCAUGGGAUCCAACUGAUGACCCCACGGGUCCCACGGUGAAGCCCACAGGAGUUCCAACCGAAGGUCCUUCCAAACCUACAUCCACCAAAGAACCUUCACUACCAACGGGUGAUCCCACUCAAAAUCCGUCGGAUCCCACUGAAGAACCAUCAGAACCAACAGAAGAACCAACUGAUAGUCCAUCGGAUCCCACUGAAAAACCAUCAGAACCAACAGCAGAACCAACUGAUAGUCCGUCGGAUCCCACGGAAAAACCCACGGAUGAACCAUCCUCUCCAACGGGUCAACCCACUGAAGAUCCAACUAAGGAGCCCAAUGAUCCGACUGCGGAGACAACGGACUCCCCUUUGGAUCCUACUGGAGAGCCACAAACAACGGUCGACGGUCGAAGUUCGGAAAAACCAACUGAUAAGCCGCUGACUUCUAGUGAAUCACCGACCCAGACUACUCCGAGCAUUGAUGUGGACGCCUCUUGCCGGACUCAUAACGGAGUCCAGUUUCUGCCACAUCCGUAUGAUUGUCAUCUAUACAUACACUGCAAUGGGGAUGUGGGAUACGUAAUGGCUUGCCCAAGUGAUCUUUUCUGGAAUUCGAUCGAGCAGACUUGCAACAAGACCUGCGCCUAAAGAAAUAAAGAACUUAGUAUAGUGUGCUCUCAAGAA